CUGAUGAAGUUUUACUACUUGGGCCAAAAGAAUUUUCAGAAUUGGAUGAUCCUCCGACCAAUACGGAUGCAACUGCAGAGGUGAUUGUCAAACAGCCAAAUGCUUUUGUAAAAAAGCAAAUGUUUUAUGCGGAAGUGGAUGUCAUCCAAAGAAUUCAAAAUGCAAAAAUAGGGCUUGAAAAUUGGGAGG